AUGGUUCUCAUUCAGAGAACUGUCUGCGAGGAGACGAGGGUCCUGAGCGCCGAGAACCAGCGCCUAAGAGAGAAGCUAGAAGAGCUUACCCGGAAGGUAGAGAACCUUCAGAAGUCUUCUGGAUCCCCGAACAUCGAGGAAUUGGAGGCUAGUCUCCUGCGAAAGCUGGGGGACAAGAUGAAUGCCCGACUCGAGGGAUUAGAGCCCCGGCUCAACCCAGCGCCGCUGCUUCGGCCCCCGUUGGCGGCAGACAGAAGGAGAAAAGGAAAGGAAACGGUGGCACUAGCUCCUGUAGCGACUGUUGUGGCACCUGGACCUAAGGAGAAGAAAAAGGACAAGGAGGAUCCAAGGCCGCCAAACCCAGACUCUCUGGAGGAGACCUGGGCCACGGUGGUGAAAAGGAAGAAGUCAAAGGAGAAGUCGCAUCCGCAACCGCAACCGGGGAAGGCAACCAAAGCCAAGAAAAGUCCCAAGGCUAAGGCAAAGCCGAAGCUCAGGACUCCCCGGUCGUCGGCAAUAGUCCUCACCCUCACGGACGAGGGAAAGGAGAAGGCGAUGCUGACUUAUCAGAAGGCCCUGCUCAUCGCGAGGUCUAAGAUUGAUCUGAAGGAGAUCACGGGUCUGGAGACCCUUAGAGUCCGCAAGGCGGCAACGGGGGCCACAGUUCUGGAGCUCCCUGGGGCGAACAGCGGCUCAAAAGCCGAUGCCCUGGCUGAAAAGCUGGGGACCUUGUUCGGCGGAAAGAUGAAGGUGACGCGGCCCGCGAAGACUGUAGACAUCAGGAUCUCAGGAAUCGACGAGUCGGUCGGCGAAUUGGAACUGCAAGAUGCGGUGGCCAAAAAAGGAGGAUGCCAAUUCAACGACGUGAAGAUUGGCCAGAAGAGGGACGACAGGGGCUCCUAUGGAGACAUAGGCAGAAGAAGGCCAAGACGGCGAUACGCGCGCGCAAGCUGUGCGACAUCUGCCCUCGGCUCGGGGCUGGGCAAAGGCUUAGCUGAUACCAGCCCCUUGACCGAACAGAGCAGUGGCAGACGGGCUCUUGGAUGGUUUAGUGGGUAG